UCGCAGUUUCCUGCGUCUCUCCGUUUAUCUGCUCUCAACUACUAGGAGCGGAGGACACCGUCGGUUCCGCUCAUCAAAAAUGCCUCACCACACGUUAUCGCCGCAUGCUAAUGCCAUCUUCUAAGUGGCCACCUGGGGAUUCUGACCCUGCCAAAAGAGCGAUCAUAAUGCGUCAGUGCGCGUGCCCGGAGCCGCUGUCAGCUGUCCAGCUCAAGCGCCUGGAGGAACACAAAUACAGCGCGGCCGGUCGCUCCCUCUUCGAGCCGCCCUGCCAGAUAUACUGGAACUGGCUGGUCCAGCAGAUCCCGACGUGGGUCGCGCCGAACACGCUGACCAUCACUGGACUCCUUAUAAACAUAUUAACGACGAUCAUUCUCGUCUAUUACAGUCCCACGGCCACGGAGGAGGCUCCAGGUUGGGCCUUCUUUCUCAGCGCCUUAGGUCUCUUCAUCUACCAAUCACUGGAUGCCAUUGAUGGGAAACAGGCCAGACGGACCAAUAGCAGCUCGGCUCUUGGGGAGCUCUUUGACCAUGGCUGCGAUGCUGUUUCUACAGUGUUUGUUGCUGUGGGAACGUGUAUAUCCUGUGGGAUCGGCGUUUACCCUGACUGGAUGUUUUUUUGCGGCUUUGUGGGCAUGUUCAUGUUUUUCUGUGCACACUGGCAGACAUACGUAUCCGGGACACUCCGCUUCGGAUUGGUUGACGUGACAGAAGUCCAGAUUGCUAUUAUAAUCAUGUAUCUGAUGACAGCAUUUGGAGGAGUGAGUCUUUGGGAGACUAUGGUGCCUGUUCUCGGUGUGAAUUUGCAAACCUUUCCAAUUCUCGGUAUAAUCGGUGGGUUUCUGUAUUCAACCUACAACUACUUCUAUGUCAUCCUGAACGGUGGCGUGGGCAAGAAUGGCUCAACUGUUGCAGACACCAGUGUAUUGUCUCCUGGUCUACACAUCGGCCUCAUCCUCUCUCUGGCCUUCAUCAUCUUUAAAAAGUCCUCCAGUCAGCUUUUCGAGCACCAUCCUUGCCUUUACAUCCUUACAUUUGGCAUGGUGAUCGCCAAGAUCGCAAACAAGCUGGUGGUGGCCCACAUGACCAAGAGUGAGCUUCAUCUUCAAGACACAGCCUUCAUUGGUCCUGGACUUCUUUUUCUAAAUCAGUAUUUCAACAGCUACAUUGAUGAACACAUCGUGCUUUGGAUCGCCAUGGUGCUGUCCCUGGUGGAUCUGCUGCGUUACUGCACAGGCCUGUGUCUGCAAAUCGCCUCCCACCUGCGAAUCCGGGUUUUCAGCCUCACCCCACAGGGCUCGCAAAGAGACUGACAAUUUGCCCGGCGGGAGGAGGAAGCAGGACUUAAGGAUGAAGACAUCGUCCCGCUUCUCAAGCUAGAGCAGGAGAGCCCCAUCAACCAAAACCGCAAUGGCCUUGACAGUGUGACCACCACAGAUUAACAGAAUUGAACGUUUUACCAGGUUUGACCAUACCAGCUCGCAUUGUUUUGUUUUUUAAACACACUACUGUACGCAAGAAUAUAUCACUGGAUGAAAAGAAAGAGUUUAGACAAUGACAAUGUCCAAAACAUGGCCUUGUGGGGCCAGAGGGGAGCUUAGCCCUUAAGUUUUCAGUUGCCCUGAAAUGGUUAAUAAUGUGCAGAAUUAGAAAUUAUUAUAAAAAUUUUUUUUUUUUCAAAAGGAUAAAAAAAAGAAAAAAAAAGGAAACAUUGGUGGGAAAAUCAAACAUUAACGGAAUUUGAAUUGGUUAAAAACUCUUAGCUCUUAGCGUAGAAACACUUAUGCAAAUAUUUUGCAUCUUAACCAUCUGGUCAAAGAUAAAGAUAUGAAAAGAAAGAAAUAAAAAAAUAAAUUGACGAAACUUUUUUUUCCACAAGAGAUUUGUGAAUGUUUUGGGUUUGAACAGGUUUGUCAAUUUUUAACAGAAAAGGGAAGCUACAACUGCAAUUUUGACAUCGAAAUAUCCAUCAUUUAAUUUAAGGCCCAUUUGUAUAGGUCUGAUCUUGAUAAAUACAACAGAAGCAUUACAAACAUAUUUCUUGGUUUCAAGACCUGAUAUAGUCGCCAAACUGCCAAAAAAAAUAGUUUACACCACAGAACCUUUUUUUACCAUGCAUAAUUUUUACUGUCAUUAAAAAAGCAGCUAUUUGUAGAUCAAGUGACACUUUAUAGAAGAACAUAAGCUCCAGAAAAAAAAAAAUCUGCCCGAACAGCCAUUGUAGCUUAAAGAAAACAUUUUGUGAUUGUCCAGUGAUUACAGUGUAUGUAUUUAUUUUAAUGAUCUGACUGAAUUUAGUGUGAGUCAAGCCUGUUUAAAACACAAAUAAUAAUUGAAAGAACUUAAUUGUCGAGGAUUGUGGCUAUGUGCUAACAACAGACUCAUCUCUCCACCCCCCCUCUAGUCAACCAAUUGCAGUCUGCUCAGAUUUCCUAGCUGUGUGUUUCACUUCCUAGAGCUUGAACUGAGCACAAACAGAGUUUUUGAGCAUUGUCUUUUGCUCUGUUUUGAGGGAUUUUUUGGGGGGGGUGUUGAUCUUUUGUGCCUGUUUUGUUUUAUGAUGCACUCUCUGCCUGCUUAGUUAGAAUCAUCUCCUUCCAAAGGGCUAAUAAAAACAAUACAUUUUGUGUGAUUUGAAUAUA